AUGCCUCCUCCUGUUGUGACAGGUAUAUCCCCUAAAGAGGGACCUCCUGGGACCAGAGUGACCAUCAGAGGGGAGUUUUUAGGGAAUAAACAGUCUGAUAUAAUAGGAGUAUCAAUUUGUGGGUGUGAUUGUCUUCUAUCUGCUGAAUGGAAAUCGCCCAACAAAAUAAUUGCCAGAUCAGGCCCUGGCAAGGGAAGAGGGGAUAUCAUUAUUACAACACUAACUGGAGGUACUGGUACAUCAACAGUCCAGUUUCGAGGUUACCAUGAAGCAGUUGGCCCUUUGAAGGAAAGUGCUGUAUGGGUUGAAGAAGUUCAAUCUAUAGGGUGGGGAUCGACUAAAUCCAUUCAGUUAGAUGAUCCUUUAGGACUUUCUUUGGAAGCAAAUGAAAAUAAAUUUCCGGAGGAUGAUUUACAAGAAAUGUUUCCUGGUUGUAAUGGUGAUCUAUCUUCAGAGAAUUUUUCUCCUUGUUGGUUUUUGCUUCAAAAUCAUUCAAAUUCUUCUUUUGAUGAUCUCCGUGCAGGCCUUGCGUUCCUUAGAAGAAAAGUCGAUUCUCACCAGGAAGGCCAACUUUCAUUUUUAAAGGGAAAUGUUAGUGCUGUUAUGGAACAGUUAGAAGUAUUGGAGGCUUUACAAGUUGCUUUCCAAAAGGACGUUGAAUCAUUUGGACUUGACAGAACAGAAAAAAUAGUCGAAGCAAUCAAGGAAUGUAGAAAUGAAGGCAAAAUGUUAUUUGAUGGAGUUCUGAAGGGGAGAGAAAAAGCAGAUCGAACGAGAAAUGCACUUGGAGUACUCCAUAGGUUUAAGUUCUUAUUCACAUUACCUACAGCAAUUCAGAGAAAAUCGGAUUAUGAUGCUAUCAUAAGUGAUUAUUCUAGAGCUCAGAAUCUUUUUGGUAAAACUGAAGUGAAGCUUUUCAAGGAUGUAUUGACUGAAGUGAGGUUAAAAGUAGCUGAGAUCAAAGAGGAGCUUAAAAAAAAGUUACAUACUAUGCCAAGUAGUCUUGAUAACCAAAAGAAGAUUAUUAGAAACUUGGUACAGUUGGAAUAUGAAGGUGAUCCAGGUUGGGAAGGUAUCACUGUAAGAAUGAACUUCAUCAUGGAGCAGUUAAAUGCCUGUCAUUCUUUUUAUUCAGAACAAAUAGCCAGUGUAAAACCUAAAAGUGGAAAAAGAGAUAAAAAUUCUCAAGAUAAACAGGCUGCAAUCAACUGUAGAGUGGAAUGUAUUGAGGAUCUCUGUGACAUUAUCUCUAUACUUAUCCCAGAUCUAUGGUCACUGGGACAAUCAUAUUUCAGCGGUGAACUUAGCACAAAAUUUGACCAAAACAAACUUGACGAAUUCAAGGCAGGUGUAGAAAAUUGCUUAAAGGAAAUGUGUCGCUUGGUGAGAGAGGUGGCUGGUAAAGGUUUGACAGGAAGCUGGCCAAAUUGCUUGCAAGUUGUUAGAGCUGUUCUUGUUGCUCUAAAACAUAUUCCACACGAUACUAUCCUAGCACUGGUCCAGUUUUUUAGAAUUGAAUGUGUUAAAAAUAUUCUUUUGACUACUGCAGAGCAAACUAAACGAUUGGUUGAUAAAGAGGAUUGGGUUCUUAUCCAUGAUUCAACUCACGGAACUAUCACGCAUCUCCCCAGCCUUUUUGAAAAAUUAUUCAAUGAUUCUUUGAGUAUUCUGAAGGAAUCAGCUCUUAAACUAGGCCCUAAAGAAGCUGAAUUGUUUAGUAAUCCAGCCAUGAAAUCAGAAGUUAAUGAACACGCUCAUGCCAUUUUCAACAAUUAUAUUCAGUGUUUAGAUACAUUGUCAGACAUUAAUGAUGACGAACAAUCUAUGUCUGUCUCUCAGUUAGCUUUUCCUACAUUUAGAACAUCACUGUCGCAUACUUUAAAUUGGGAAGAUCGUGUUCUAGCUUGCAUUUCUAACUGCAGGUACUCUUGCGAAGUUACAGUACCUAGAAUGGAAAAGACUUGGAAUGAAGCAGAACUUCCUUCUCUGGAUUUGUCAAAACCUACUUCAGACCUGAGGUCUCUGAAAUCACGACUUACUGCAUGUUAUAUAGAGAACCGUACAGACCCGCUUGUUGGGACAGUAGAACCAUCAAUGUAUAUAGGGCAGUUUGAGUGGGAAGCUGACUUCACUCCUGUUGGAGUUCGACCCUAUGCAAAUGAAAUAAUAGCUAAUGUUCUUGUUGUUCAUGCUCAGGUAGAAAGACGUUGCGGUUGGCUUAAAGAAGAAGUCCUUACUGAAGUUGUUGAAACUGUGGCAGAAGAACUAUCGAGACUUAUGCUGUGCGUUUCUCACAUGAGCCGAGCUGGUGCUAUUCAGGCGACACUAGAUAUCACAGCCGUGGAGCAUGCACUUGCGAAAUACACCACUACACAAGCCAGAAACUUCUUCAGUGAAGCUCUUGAUGCUAUUCCUGCUUUAGACGAAGAAAGUAAAAAGACUGUUGAUAAGUUGUUGGCCGAAUACAAAAAGAAGAUGUAUAUGCAGCUUCUUCCUUUUGAAGCAAAAUCAAAUUCAUAG